AUGGGUGAAACAACUCAACCAACAAAGAAUGUUGUAACUGGAAACGAUUUUGCAAAACUGACCAAAAAAGCCUUGAAACUUGGAGCUACAAGUCUUGAUUAUUCCAAUCGCAAACAUUGUAAGUAUUUUGUCAUACUCAACAACGGAAAAAAAAUACAUUUCGGAAAUCCUAAGUACGAGGAUUAUUUGAUUCAUCAUGAUGAAGAGCGAAGAAAGAAGUAUCUUGCUAGAGCCAAAAAAAUAACCAAUAAACAGAAAGUAUGAACCUGGGAGAAUCCAGAGUAGGCGAAUGAUUGGUCGAUUCAGCUUUUAUGGGUCGGUGAAUAAUUAAUUUUAGCUUAAAAAUUGUCUAUAAGUAUUAAACGACAAAAUGCAAAUUACUAUAGUUACGAAAAUCUUACCAGUGACAAAAUUAUAUUCCAUGAAGCCAAGGAGUACAAAGUCAAGAAUUCCAAACUUAAGUAUCAACGAAUUAAAAUUGAAACCAAGUUUCCAAAUGGUAAAAAGGAGCUCUUGUAAUCGAGACUCCAUUUUUGUUUUCCUUUGGAGUCACAGAAUGAUUAAAUCAAGAGACUAAUCAGCUCAGGGGAUAUUCAAUUCCAGUGUGUCUCUGGGAAAAAGAAGAAAAACCAAAUGAAAGUGAAAAAUCGUUUUUUGAAGCGAUAAACAAAGUCACAGAAAUCUGCCAGCAUUAUCUCGAGGAAGAAUUUGGUCCAGAUAUGGCGAGUUAUUUAACAAAUUCUCUCUAUUGGAAACAGGUUGAAUAUACUGACAAGAAGGGUAAAACAAAGAAAAAGAAGGAUUAA